CGUGACGCUUAAACGUCAGUACGUUUCGUUUGGAAGCUAUGGCGCUUCCUGACUGGAUCGUAACACUUAUUGUCACCAAAUCCCUUUUUCUUGUCUUAUAUUUAUGUGUUCGUUAUAAAGGCAGAAGUCUGACGUUUUUGGGGAAACUGGUGUUUAAAAUAAUGGCCCGCUCAGAGAAGCCCUUGUUCAGAAUCGCGUACACACUCUACACUAAGACCAGACUUGGCUACAUGUACUACAAAAGGCAAAUGAAGAAAGCCCGUGAACAUUACCCUUCUGGACAUUCUACUUCUCAGCCCAUGGGUUUCAAUGGUAUCAAAAUAAUACCCAUCUCUGUGCUGUCUGACAACUACAGCUAUCUUAUAAUUGACACAUCCUCCAGUGUUGCAGUUGUUGUAGACCCUGCAGACCCACAAACAGUUCAGGCUGUUCUUGAGGAAGAGGGAGUGAUGUUAGAAGCAAUACUCUGCACACACAAGCAUUGGGAUCACAGUGGGGGAAACAAAGGGUUGAAAAGGCUUCACAACUCAUGCAGAGUCUAUGGAAAUGUUGCUGAUAACAUUCCUGGUCUCACACACCCUCUCUCUCACAAGGACUCAGUAACAGUAGGCUGUAUGCACUUUAAGGCCCUCUUCACUCCUGGGCACACAGUUGGACAUAUGAUCUAUCUCCUGGAUGGCCAGGCAGUUGGUGCGCCCCCUUGCCUCUUCUCUGGCGACCUGGUGUUCCUCUCAGGGUGUGGGAGGAUGUUUGAAGGAAAUCCCUCCACAAUGCUGUCAUCUCUGGACACAGUUACCUCCUUAAGUGACGAUACUUUAUUAUGGCCUGGUCAUGAGUAUGCAGAGGACAACCUUCUCUUUGCUGCUGAGGUUGAGCCACACAACGCUGCCAGGGAAAACAAAUAUCAGUGGGUGCUGCAGCAGCGAAGCCAGAAGCUGUGCACGAGUCCCUCCACAAUUGGAGAAGAGAGGCAGUACAAUCCUUUCCUGCGAAGCCACUCUGCAGAGCUUCAUCUGGCCUUGGGCCUCCAGCAGUUCCAGGAUGAAGACUGGACUCAGUUCAGGGCUCGGGUGCUUGAAGAGCUGCGAAAACGCAAAGACUUCUACAACAGGAGAUAGUGCUGAAAAAUGUUUUUUCCUUUUGGUGAACUGAAAAUGAACUCAAAUGUACUCGGCAGUGGUACAACAAAGCAUCUCAAGGGGUAUUAAGUUCUUCUUUAACUUUAAACAACCUUUAGUACAAGUAAGAAGGAACAGUUACACCUUCAUAAUUGCAUAAUUUUAAUUACUGAGCCAGUUUCCUGUAUAUUUUGGUUAUUUUGCCUUUAUUGCUUCGUUAAAUUGAUAAUGUCUGAGAUUUACAUUCAGUGUGUUGGUCUGCCAUAGAGUUUAAAAACAGCUAAUGCAAUUGGUUUCCUUUUUAUCGUUGAUUUGCUAUGAAUGACAUAAUUGUUUUUUGUGUGUCCCAAUCCAUCCGUGGAGUGAAAAGGGAUACUAUUACAGAGCAAACCUAUUAACCUUUUCCCAUAGCACAAUAUUAGUUUGACCUGACUGUACAUAAUUGGAAUGUGAACUACUACUCUCUGUACUUUAUUUUUCACUGUAGUUUGUUUGUGUAGAUGGAGGUUGUUAGCUUAGGAACCUUUGGGAGUAAGGUCCAAAAAUAAACCGGGCAUUCAGCUUAUUACCUUAAGGGGCCGCUAGGGAGAACAAAUAGAGAACUUUGAAAUUGUAUCUUGAACAUAAAGAAUUAUUAAUUAUACAAAGCAUUUAUUUUUUUUCCUCUUAUCUUACAAUUGUCCCUUACUCUUGAGUUUGACACAUUUGGUGACAUCAGCCCUGCAAACAGCACGGGAUCACUUAGCAUGUAGGAUACUGUAAGUUAACUGUACCUCAUGGGUAACUCUUAAUGCACAUCAGACUGUGUACCUUACUAGAAAGUAUUGGGUAUGCUGGCUGUAUUAGGUAGGCAUAUUUGACAAUUAUGGUUCUGCCUAAGAAUUGAAUAGCUCAAAAGAAAUUGUUUAUUAAUAUCAUUAUUUUUUUUCAUUUUUUACAUUUUUGUUUGUGAAAAUUCUCAAUAAUGGCACUAUUGCAUUAUUUGGAUUCAAGGUAUUCUCCACAUCACCAUCUGUAGGCGAUACAGAACAUUCAGACAAAUGCUGAAAACAGCACAAAAUGUAAAAAAAAAAUUAACUGGAAAAAGAAAAGCAAAAUGUAUAUAAAAAAAUCCUAACAACUCUUACUUUUGCUCAUUUGUGUUGAAGUUAGCACAUACAUCAGGAGAAUACCCUACACUUAACAAAAAUAAUUAUCUUGCUGAAUUAUCUUCAAUGUUUUGGUAGUUCAGCCCUUUCUUGUCCUUCUUAGUUUUUUAUUAUUUACUUUUUUUCCACUUAUAAUUAUAUAAAUUGUUUAAGCUGUUAUUGGUUGCACUACACUACAUAAAGCUGAAGAGCAGCUUAAAGUGAUGGAUUUGACAAUCAGUGCAUUUUAAAUUUGUGAAACAUGACUGAAAAUGCUGCUAAACUGAUUAUUUCUCAAAUUAUCCUGUUGAAGUAUUCAUUACAGUGAGCAGUUACAAUAGAGAUAACUAAAUGUGUUAUUUUUCUUUAAGCUAAUUGUAGGAAUACAUUGUUUUGUUUGUAAAGUUUUUUAUAUCAAAAGGACAAUGAUAAACAGAGCUUUUAUUUAUUUUAAAUAUGAGAAUGCUAUGUGACAUUGUAACACUAAGGAUCCAUUAGGAUUAUUGUUAAAGCCAAGUUUUAAAAAAGAAACUGCACAUCAAAAGUUUACAUUGUUGUAAUGUAUUUGGAGAUUUAUUCAGCUGUGAAAAUAAGAUGUAGCCUACAUAUGUUGCUGUCUAAUAAACGGUGUUCUUCCCAUG